AUGAUAUUUGAGUAUUUACCGAAAACAAUGUCAAACAUUGUCAAACAAAUUGGUGGUAAAUAUCCUGAUUAUAUCGACAUUAAAUUGUAUUCAUGGCAGUUGUUCAAUGGAUUGAGUUUUUUGUCGAAUAAUCAUAUUUGUCAUCGCGACAUAAAGCCACAAAAUUUGCUUAUUGAACCAAUCAGCGGUGUGCUAAAAAUUGCUGAUUUUGGUUCGGCAAAGUUUAUGAGAAGGAUGACAAAAUCUACUUCAUACCAGGUCACGCGAUAUUAUCGUCCGCCAGAACUAUUGCUUAAAGCCACUUACUAUUCACCUCAAGUUGAUGUUUGGUCUGGUGGUUGUGUAUUGGGGGAAAUUACUAAAGGCAGCAUAUUAUUUCCCGGCAAAAAUGCAAAAGAUCAGUUUAAAUUAGUAAUGGAUGCUCUCGGAAGUCCGGAUGAAACCGAUCUUAUGGAUAUGAAAGCGGCUAUAUCAAUCGCUGGUGCUCGUAUUGCACCACGUGGUCUCAGAUCCAUUCUACCUUAUGCCUCUGAGGAAAUUAUUAAUAUCCUUCAACGAAUACUUGUUUAUAGUCCCGAAAAGCGCUUGUGCGGUAAAGUAUUCUUGUCGGACCCAUUCUUUCAAGAACUUUUCGUUCCUAAUAAACGCCGAACCAACGGAACUUUUGUUUCCAAUAUAAUCACUCUGGAUGACUUACAAAAAUUACCGUACGUCUUUUUAAUCUCUAAUUUUGCAAAGAAACUCAUAGCUGCAAUAUUUUGCUAA